AUGCAGAUCAAAGACCUCCUCACCGUUCUCGCGAUACCCGCCGUGGUUCUCUCAGCAGCUAUCCCCCAGGAUCCCACUGAGAUUCCCGACUGGGAGAAUGGUAGCCAGGAGGACAUUGUUGGUGGAUCAGCCGCAGCCGCUGGCGAAUUCCCCUUCAUUGUCUCCCUCCAGCGCAGCGGAAGCCACUUCUGUGGUGGAACACUUCUCAACGCCAACACUGUCCUCACUGCUGCUCACUGCGCGGUCGGACAGACAGCAUCCAGCCUCACCAUUCGCGCUGGCUCUUUGAGCCGUACCUCAGGUGGCGUUACCGCCCGCGUUUCUUCCAUCAAGGUCAACCCCGGCUACACCGCAUCUACCUACAACGGUGACCUUGCUAUCAUGAAGCUCGCCACCUCCAUCCCAACGAGCUCCACCAUCUCGUACGCUGUGCUUCCCGCAUCGGGAUCUGACCCUGCCGCCGGAACUACCCUUACCGUCGCUGGCUGGGGUACUACUUCGUCAGGCGGUCAAUCGCUCCCCACCAACCUCCUCAAGGUUGACGUACCUGUUGUCUCUCGCAGCUCUUGCCAGGCUUCUUACGGCACAUCGGCCGUCACCACUCAGAUGUUCUGCGCUGGUCUGACCCAGGGUGGUAAGGAUUCUUGCCAGGGUGACUCUGGCGGCCCUAUCGUCAACAAGUCCACCAAGGUCCUUGUCGGUGCUGUUUCCUGGGGUGAGGGCUGCGCUGCCCCCAACGCACCUGGUGUCUACGCCAACAUUGGUCAGGCUACGCUCCGUAGCUUCGUGGCUGCCAACUUGUAA